AUGGAUUCCCCCACUUCCUCAUCGUCCAUUGCAAAUUAUUACUACAAAAAUUUCUUAGCGGAUGAGGGUGACUCGACCGAUGAGGAGGUCGAGCAAGAGGCGGUUACGAGUGCGUGCGAACUAGCGGCUCGUUAUUCUAAACAUUGUAGCGAGCCUCAACGUGAGAUUUUACCAAGAGAAUAUAUUCAACAAGACCGACAAGCGGCAAACGACCGGUUGAUUAAAGAUUACUUCGCUGAAGAGCCUACUUACCCAAACCCCGAAGUUUUUAGGCGUCGUUUCCGGAUGAGUAAACGUUUAUUUCUACGCAUCGUUGAAGACUUGGAAAACACGUAUGAUUAUUUUAAACAAAAGGCUGAUGCGAAAAAGGACCUUUGGGUAUGGUCGGCUUACUUUGGUGUUGCAGGGUCAUGCAAUGAUUUAAACGUUUUCAAGCAGUCUCCAUUGGUAGAAGACUACAUAUCUGGCCGAGCUGCCAAAGCAUCUUUUUAUGCAAACAGGAACUACUACCCGCAUGGAUACUAUUUAUGCGAUGGAAUUUAUCCGAAGUAUUCAAUUUUCGUGAGGACGUUCAGGGACCCGUACAAUGAAAAAAGAGCUCACUUUAAAAAGGUUCAAGAGUCUUCGCGGAAGGAUAUUGAGAGAUGCUUUGGGGUUCUUCAACAACGGUGGCAUUAUUUGAGAAAUCCUUGUCGUGCUUGGAGCAAAGAAAAAAUGAGAGAUGCUAUGUACACUUGUAUAAUAAUACAUAAUAUGAUUUUGGAAGACGAAGGAAAAGCAAUAUACCAGAACUAUGUACCGAAAGACGUUCAGAAGUAUCCACAAGCAACAAUGGAAGAAAGGGUGAAGAAUGCACAUGAAUUGCGGUCUGAAGUGGCACAUAAUGAGUUAGCGUUUGAUUUGGUAGAACACGCGUGGUCGGUUCGUUAUAUUCCAAACGAGGGUGAGCAAGAGUCAGAUGACGAAGAUGACGGGAAUGGCGAAAGCGAAGACGAGAAUUAA